AUGCGACGAACAAAGAUCUUCUCCGGCACCUCCCACCCCGAACUCGCCUCCCAAAUCUGCAACCGUCUCGGCGUUCCCGUCGCAGAGGCCGACCUCCAAAAGUUCGCCAACAAGGAAACCUCCGUAAAAGUCAACUGCUCCGUCCGUAACGAAGAUGUCUUCAUCAUCCAGUCUGGAUCACAAACCGUGAAUGACCAUUUGAUGGAGUUGUUGAUUUUGGCGCAGGCGUGUCGCGGGGGGAGUGCGAAGAAGGUUACCGCUGUUCUGCCGUACUUUCCGUAUUCGAAGCAGAGUAAGAUGAAGAAGCAUCGUGGAUGCAUCACUGCACGAAUGGUCGCAAACCUCCUCACCAUCGCCGGUGUGGAUCACAUCAUCACCAUGGACCUCCACGCAUCCCAAAUGCAAGGCUUCUUCACCCGCCCCGUGGACAACCUCUACGCCGAACCAUCCCUCGCCCGCUGGAUCAAAGACAAUAUCCCCGAAUGGCGAGAAGCCGUCGUCGUAUCCAAAAACCCCGGUGGAACAAAACGCGCUACAUCCCUCGCCGACACACUCGGGAUUAAUUUCGGUAUCAUCCACACUGAUCGUCGUCGUGGGCGGAACUUUAACUCUGGGUUUUCGACACGUGCGUCGACAUUUGGGGAUGAUGACAUGGACGAAGACGAAGACGAGGAAGAUCAACAACCAGAUGAGGACGACUCCUACCCCCCACCCCAGAAGAGACACAACGAUAUCGUAGACCCAGAUCCCACCCCACCAGCGUCCCUGCCCAACCAGUUCACCCACAUGUCCCUCUCCGCAUCCCACCUCUCCUCCAUGUCCUUCAACUCCACUGGCUCCCCCAUGCGUCAACGCCAAAUCGAGGGCGUCCACACCGGGCGUUUGGUGUCGGGCCACGUCGUCGAUGACGAUUACCCGGAUAACAUGUCCGAAGCCUCGACGACGCAUCAUUUCAACCGGGAUGGGUUGGAUCCAAUGACUUCGUCGAUGUAUUCUAUUGCGCCGUCUGCCGCUGGAUCGGUGUUGGCGCUGGGCGGGACGAUCGAUGCCCAUGGCUCCGAUGACGAGGAAGAAAACGCCUGCCAAGAGGGUGAGGAACGCACGAUUACACUGGUCGGCGAUGUCCGCAACAAAGUCGCAAUCGUCGUCGACGACAUGGUCGACCGCGGCGGCUCUUUCGUCGCAGCCGCCGAACACCUCCGUCGAAACUGUGGCGCGACGAAAGUCUACGUUAUGGGCACCCACGGCGUGUUGUCAGACGAUUGUCUAGACGAGAUGGAGUGGUGUGAUGAUAUCCACCGUGUCGUUGUCACCAAUACGUACCCGGUUUCGGAGGAGAAGAAGAAGAGUAAGAAGUUGGCGGUGAUUGAUAUUUCGAUGAUUAUUGCGGAGAGUAUUCGGAGGAAUCAUAAUGGGGAGAGUGUAAGUUUCUUGUUUGGGAAGGGGGUGGAGUAUUAG